AUGGGUUCUGCGACAAAGCUUAAAGCAUGUUACGCGUGCACGAACGGAAAGCGGAAAUGUGACAAAGCUCAACCUAUUUGCGGGCGAUGUAAUGAUCGAGACGUUGAAUGCCGAUAUCCGCCGACCAAGAGGAAGAGACUGCACUCGUCAGUGCCGGGAGCGGAAAAUGGCGGAGAGAGUGCUGGCAGACUCAGUGUUGGACCACCGAGUCUGAUGCAAAUACCAUUCUCAACGCCAAAUGAUGGCUUGAUUGACCUAAAUCAGUGGGCGGCGACCCUGAGCAAUUGGGACGCCCUCCCCGCUGCUGAGUUGCCAAACGACUCGCCCUCGACGAGCAGUGAGACAAUCUCGAGCCAGAAGGAUCCGGUCGACUUCUUCCUCAGACCCGAGGCAUGGGCCAUCCGACACAUUCCCUUCACUACUCCAUCAUUUCCCAACUCUGUCUGCAUGAACUACAUUCACGGCAUUCAUGAGUUCUUCACCGAAUGGGUCACCAACUCUCACAGCCCCUUCAUACACAAUCAGCUCUACGCCGAUGCGGGGCUGCCGCCAUCAAUACAGGAUGCAUUCACUUGUAUCAUCCUGCAUAACUCAAAAACACCCGCGAACGAGACAGUGAUUGAUGAAUUACUAGCGUCGAAAACAUCGGCGUUACUGAAGGCAUAUUGCCCGGACCUCGUCGGUCCUGAAGUGACGAUUGGCAUUCGUGAGCACCUGUCUCGGACUCAAGCAUUAUUCGUCCAUCUUGUGCUAGCACUCUUCUCGCCAUCGAUUAGCGCGCGAGCCAAUGCGGAACAACAGAUACAAACUCUUCUCUCAUGGACGCGUCAACUCUGGGAAGCGGCUCUUCGCGACCCGGAUAUUGGCCUGCCAUGCGAUGGUGGCGAUAGCUCAGCAGCUGCAGCCUCUGCCAACGGCAUUAUUCUAGACUCGAUCUUCGACGGUGAUCCCCUACCUCGGAAAUGGCGCUCUUGGGUGUUGUCGGAGAGUAUCCGGCGCAUAUGGCUAUUGGCAACUUCGACCAUCGGCGUAUACCUUACACUUAAACAGAAAUGGGCUGAGUGCCAUGGCGGUAUCUACUUCACGGCUCAUAAAGACCUAUGGGAAGCCAAAACUGGCUUUGCAUGGGCAGCAGCAUGUCGGAAAGCAGAUCCGCUGUUUAUAUGUAGCCUCGAUUGCGAGGGCCUGUUUCUGAGUGCAAAGGCAUCAGACGUAGAUCCAAUGCUGGUCAAUAUGUUUACAAUUAUGUGGGGGGUUGAAAGAGUCGAGAAUUGGGUUGCGAGAACAUGUGAGCCUGGAGACGAGGUAAAGGUUUGGAGGGGGACGGAUUUGCCAAUGGAGAAGGGAAGAAUUGCACCUUCAUAA